AUGGCGGAUCUCCCUCCUCCUGUGCAGGGGCCCACCGCCAAGGAGAAGAAGUACGACCGACAACUCCGCCUCUGGGGCGCAACGGGCCAGACCGCGCUUGAGAACUCGCACAUCCUCUUGCUCAACUCUGGGCCCGGCGUGGUUGGAGUAGAGACGCUCAAGAACCUCGUCCUACCUGGUGUUGGCCACUUCACCAUCCAAGAUUCAGCCAUCGUCAGCGAAGCCGACUUGGGCGUCAACUUCUUCCUCGAGGAUCAACAUCUAGGGGGCUAUCGCGCAGAACAUACCUGCAACUGUCUGAAGGAGCUCAAUCCAGAUGUCGAGGGUCACUUUGUUACAGAGCCCAUCGAAUCAUGGCUACAGCAACCCAAAGUCCUAGAGCCAUACACGCUUAUCAUCGCCGUCGCACCCAUCCGCCCUGGGCUACUCACCCGACUCGCCGAACACGCAAGCGCUGCACUGAUUCCGCUAUUUUACAUUCACUCCGUCGGCUUCUACUCCCACUUCUCUGUACACCUCCCGCCAGCCUUUCCCAUUGUCGAUACACACCCCGAUGCCGGAACCACAUCAGACCUGCGAAUAGUACGCCCAUGGCCGGAGCUUGUCCAAUAUGCAGAGGAAAAGACGGCUGGCUUAGACAGUAUGAAGCCCGAAGACCAUGGCCAUGUUCCCUACAUCGCCUUACUUCUGCACUUUCUUGAAGAAUGGAAAAAGACUCACGAGGGAAACCUCCCAUCCAACUACAAAGAAAAAUUGGAAUUCAGAAAGACGGUAGAACAAGCUGCGAGAACUGACACACCAGAAGGCGGAGAAGAGAACUUUGAUGAAGCUGUGGGUGCAGUACUGAAGCUGCUGAAUCCACCAGAAGUACGGGGAGCCGUCAAGGAGAUUUUCACAGCCCCUGAGUGUCUGUUGAUCAGGCAAGACUCGCCAAGCUUCUGGGUCAUAGCAAACGCGGUGGGGUUGUUCUACACAAAGUAUGGCGUGCUCCCAGUCCCAGGCUCGGUACCUGAUAUGAAGGCGCGUUCAGCAGACUAUAUACAACUGCAAAAUGUGUACAAGUCAAAAGCACGGAAAGACCUGGCCGAAGUUGUGGAGAGUGUGCGAUUCCUGGAGCGCAAUGCGAACAGGAGCACUGUCAUUCAGGAAAAGGACAUCGAGGCUUUCUGCAAGAAUGCUGCACAUAUCAAGCUCAUGCGCGGUCGACCAUUCCAUGUCAUGCAGGCAGGCCAGAAAGUCAGCUGGCGUGACAGGGCAAAAUCUCUCGCACAGACAAUGACUUUCCCUGAAUCUCUGGUCCCACUGUACCUCGCUUUCCUUGCCUGGGAUCAAUACGUUGCCACUCAUGACAAGGAUGGCCUGGGUGGCGCUCCUGGUGUUCCAGGCGAGACCGACCAACCCCUAGAUACAGAGAAACUUACUGGUAUUGCACUACAAAUCUUGGAAGACUUGGUCAAGGAGGCACAUGCAGACAUUGACGAGGACGAGCUUUCCAAAGUCACGACACAGACUAGAGAAUUUGUGGCAGAGAUGGUUCGAGCUGGUGGAGCUGAGCUACACAACAUCGGCGCUAUGACGGGCGGUAUGGUAUCGCAAGAGAUCAUCAAGGUCAUUACAGAGCAAUACGUCCCAGUGGACAAUACGUGUGUCUUCGAUGGCAUCAAGAGCAAGACCAUGGUCAUCAAGGUGUGA